CUCCCUCCAAUCUUCUUCUUCUCGACUUUUGUAAGAAGAAGAAACACUAAAGAACCAGAGUGAAGAAGCCAUGUCUGUAAAACUAAUCUUAUCUUCAUCGAUCCUUUUGAUUCUCAUAGCUGCAACAACGGCUGAUAAAGAUAUCGGAUUCGAUGAAUUCAAUCCAAUCAGAAUGGUCUCCGACAAUCUUCGCGAGCUUGAAGACACUGUCGUUCAGAUCUUAGGCCAGUCUCGUCAUGUUCUCUCGUUUUCUCGAUUCGCUCACCGGUAUGGGAAGAAGUAUCAGAGCGAAGAGGAGAUUAAGUUAAGAUUCUCAGUUUUUAAAGAGAAUCUUGAUUUAAUCAGAUCCACUAAUAAGAAAGAAUUGCCUUAUAAACUCUCUGUUAAUCAAUAUGCUGAUUUGACAUGGCAAGAGUUUCAAAGACACAGGCUUGGAGCUGCUCAAAACUGCUCUGCUACUUUGAAGGGUACCCACAAGGUCACCGAAUCUGCAGUUCCAGACAAGAAAGAUUGGAGAGAAGAUGGUAUUGUUAGUCCUGUUAAAGACCAAGGACAUUGUGGAUCUUGCUGGACAUUCAGCACGACCGGGGCUCUAGAAGCAGCUUAUCAUCAAGCAUUUGGAAAAGGGAUAUCUCUGUCUGAGCAACAGCUUGUGGAUUGUGCUGGAACUUUUAACAACUUUGGUUGCCAUGGUGGACUUCCUUCUCAAGCCUUUGAAUACAUCAAAUACAAUGGUGGGCUUGACACAGAGGAGACUUAUCCUUAUGUUGGUAAAGAUGGUGUCUGCAAAUUCUCAGCUGAAAACAUCGGUGUACAAGUUCUUGACUCUGUCAACAUUACACAGGGUGCAGAAGAUGAACUGAAGCACGCGGUAGGACUGGUAAGACCAGUGAGUAUCGCGUUUGAGGUUGUACAUGAAUUCAGGUUUUACAAGAAGGGAGUUUUUACUAGCACUACCUGUGGAAACACUCCUAUGGAUGUAAACCAUGCUGUGUUAGCAGUUGGUUAUGGAGUUGAAGACAAUGUUCCAUACUGGCUUAUAAAGAACUCAUGGGGAGGUGCUUGGGGAGACAAAGGCUAUUUCAAGAUGGAAAUGGGGAAGAACAUGUGUGGUGUUGCAACUUGUUCAUCGUAUCCGGUUGUGGCGUGAGGUUCAAAGAAUCAAAGAUAACAAAAUAAAGUUUGAAUUUUUAUAUGUGUAUCUUAUGUUUCCCAAAUAAUAUCGUCGAAAGAAAAGAAAAAUAGUGUCUAUUGUCACAUUGCAGAAACUUCUAACUUUGUUAUAAAUAACUAAACAACAAAUGCAUGAUUUUUUUGAAGGUGA